AUUCGAAAAUUGUACGAACUACAUAAAAAGAAGACAAACUCGAAUCUCCACAGAGCUGGGCAGCUACGCUAGAUGGACCACGAUCUCGUUUCUGACUUACAUGUCAUACUUCAAAGGACUGAGACAGAUAUUUGAUCAUUUUUUAGUUAAAUUAAUGAAGGCUGCUUUUCGUUUAGACAUUGGAAGAAUCAUCGCUUUAUAUUGGUUAUGUGACCAAAACUAUUGUGUGCGAAUAUACAAAAUCAGAAUUCUUUUAGUAGACGUAUAAGGUCUAGACAUUUCACGUCGUAUUAUAUUUGUUUGUUUAGAGGCUAAAGUGUGGCGUGAGCUUCGGAUGUGUAGAAGAUUACUUUUCAAAGACCAACCGAUGUAGUAGCCAUAAGAAAGUGAUCAUACAGUUGCAAAUUAAAACGAAAAAUCCCCUUUACACCGCGCAAAGGGAUUGAAAACGAUCUUUGAGACAACGGAUUUUAUAAUUGUAUAUUCUCCAUUGCAAUGUCGAGCAUUAAUUUUCCGAUUAAUAAUGCUUUGGACGAGGAUUUGCCAGGGACAGGCAAACCCGAUGGCCCACCUCGGUUCAAUGUUCCUGACAUGCUUGGAGCGCCAUUGCAAAGUGUUGCCAGUGCCAUUUUGAUCAUUGUCUACGCCUCUCUUAUCAUCACAUCUAACAUGGUUAUGCUCGUCGCAUAUGUCAUAGAGAAACGACUUCAGACAUACAAUAAUUCCUUCAUUAUCAAUCUCAUCCUAACCGAUUUGAUGGUUGGUUUCUUGCUUAUUGUCCUUUUCGUGAGUAACUGUCACCCAGGGGUAUUCUGGUGUAAGAUAUUUCUCGGCAUCAACGACGGUGUCCUAAGUGUUUCCGUGAUCACCAUCGUCGUCAUCUGCGUUGAUCGAUACCAAGCCAUCUAUCAACCUAUCAAACAUUUCACAAGCAGGAGCAAAACCAAAGCGUAUCUCCUUAAUGCUAUCCCUUGGGUAGUGGCUUUCAUUUUCUGGCUCCCUUUUGCAUUCUUCGGGUUCGAUGCCAGCACUCCGACUGAUGGUGACCGCCUCAUCAGGAUCCUCCUGCUGUCACUUCCGGUGAUGAUGACUAUUCUACCACUUGUCAUCAUCACCGUCUUGUAUGCCAGAAUCCUAAACAAGAUACGAAACUCCCUAGGAGCGCAACAUCUAAAAGACAAGUUCGAUAUAAAGUCCAGUGGUUGUGAGGAAGGGCCAAAUACUGGGACUUCCUCGAAUGGUGGGUCUAAGUUGGUGCCGCAUCAUCAAUCCAAAGAUGAAUCCAAGAUUGCGAUGAAAAGCACGGAUGUUCAGCAGACAGGUCAGAACAAAAAGUCAAAGAGAAAGCGUGAAUACCGUGAAUCCGAUACUUCAGCUCGCAAGGCAACACGCAGCCUUUCGUUCAUCAUCAUUUCGUUCCUGGUGUCUUGGAUGCCCCACGUCAUCUUCGUCAUCGUCACCAGCUCCGAUCAGUCCAUCCUUUUGGAAAGAAAGCUCCCCGAUGUAGUGCUCGCCUUCAUCUCCACGAUUCGCUUCACCAACAGUUUCCUAAACCCGGUGAGUUACGCCGUUGCACAACCUCUCUUUCGCCGAACCGUGGCGGGGAUGAUCUGCAAUCCUAAACAGUACUGUUGAUUAAACGAUACAUCGCCUGAGAAAGAUGGCUUUUGGAUAACGGGCACAAAUCGCCCACAGAAGCUGUUCUAGAGGGGGUGGAGAACGCCCCUCCCCUUAUCCUCCUUUAUGCCGAAAAUAAAGUAAAGAACCCCAAUCACUAUUUGUAUUACUAUUAUCAUUAUUAUCGUUAUUGAUAUCAUUAUCAUUAUUAUUAUUAUGAUCAUAUUCAUCAUCAUUAUUAGUGGUAGUAUUUUUAUCAAAAGCAACAUCCACAUGUUACUUUUAGGCGAGAGGGGAUGGGGAGCUGUUAAUUGAGAGUUUACGAAGUUUUCCGCCCGGGCUGUUUGGUAUCUCUAGCCACUAAGUUCGAGUCUGAGUGCCGGUUGAUCAACACAUUAAAAAAAAAAUUGCUUCGAUCAAAAAAAGAAAGAAAAAUAACCUGUUUAAAUCGCACAAGCCCUGUCCCUUUUACCUUCCUAUCUCUAUUGCUUAACACCUCGUUUUCCAGUCGUUCUGCCCCGUCCCUCCAAAAACCCUUUCCGUAC